AUGGGACAAGAUUACAAUGAGAUGAGCGACAUGCUCCAAGCCUCAGACAUGCCAAUGCCAACUGCCACAAGUUCUAAUGUGGAAAAACUUCCUGAAUUCAAGAUCCAAUUUCAUCUGAGAAGCAAUCAACCACUGAUUUAUCAGUCUUAUGAAGAGUUCCAUGUUUUCAGUGAGAAGUCCCCAUCCCUGGUUGACAAAACACCUUGGUCCCCAUUUCACAUGUUGGGUGACUCCGAGUUUGUGGAAAUCACACUCACUUCACUACUCAACCAGCAACAAGUCAAUGCCCUGCUGGAUCUCUUUGCUCAUGUCACACAGGGAGCUGUCCAAGUCACACUCAGGAAUGAUGCUGAACUUCACAAAUUCUCCAGGGUCAAAGUUAAGGUACCAUACAAAAAGGAAGAAUGCACAAUGGCAUUGAGUAUGAACAUUUCUAUGACAAGCCCUGGACCAGAGAUUAUUGGUGGGAUAUUCAAUCUACCAAACAUCAAGAAUGCUGUGCCAUUUGGCCUGAUCCUUUAUGCUGACAAAUCCAACCUAUCAUCUUUUGGCACUGCCAAGAGUUACCCCAUCAUUGUGUGCCGCGCAAACUUGCUGGUUGAGAUUUGGAAUAGCAAUGUUGUUGGUGGAGGUACUGUUGUUGGCUGGCUGCCUAUUGUGCCUGAAGAUGCCAAAGAAGAGGGAAAGCUAGGCUACACAACCCUCAAGCAUGUCAUUUGGCAUGAAUCUUUUAAAAAGUUACUUCUGGAGAUUGAGCAGUGCUCAAAGACUGGAUGCAUGAUGGCACUCACUCAUGGUCAUGGUGGCAAAUGCCCUUGCCUGGGCAUCGAUGCGUUAUGUGUUCAUGCUAUGAAUCGAGCUGAAGGCAAUGAAUUGCUGAAGUGGUUAGGUUUACGACCAAUCAAAGUGAUUGUAAAGGCGCUCGGGCAACAGAUUGAAGCUGACAUCAAGAAGUAUGUUGCAAGUUUUCCUCGCUGGCAAAACCUCACACACUUCAACCAAGUCAUUCAUGUCACUUUUUCAGAUGGUAACAAGCUGGCCAAUAUCUCCAAGCAAAUCUUCUACACAGGGAUCAAUGUUUUGAAGAAGAGUAUAACCCCUGAAGGCCUCAUUGGCUUAGAUGUCCAGACUGAAUGUAUGGUUAACGUGAUCAACAAUGAAAUAUUGACAUUUGAUCAGACACUGAAGGACUACACCAAAUGUGUUGUGAAGUCCAACAUUGAUGGUCUGCAAACUGACUGGAAUUUCCUGAAGGGUGCCACAUGCAACUAUAGCACUCAGCCCAAUGAAAGUAUGCAUAAGCCAAUCCGAGACGCAUAUGAACACCAUUCAAAUGGUAGAGACAUUCCUGCUCAGGUCUUGUGGGUAGAUCAUCAAGAUCUUGCUACAAAGCUUCUCAGAUUGUGUGUUGAUCACCUUGAGAAAUCCAUCUCUGGGGAAUCAGAUCCAGAAGUUGAUGCAGUCAGUGAGCAUACCUCAGUUGAUCAUAUUAAGCUUGGUGCACAUGUCAUCAUGACCCAAACCCUGAAAGACUUGGAGGAAAAUGGUCAGCCAGAUAUGGCAUUCCAUCGGUUCCGUCAAAGGUUCUUCAAUUCAUGGAUCUCCCUCCCCGCUGACUUCACAUUGAAACUGUGCUUGUGCUAA